UUAAUUUGGAGAGCUGCUGAACCAACUUGGCAAUAGAGUCAUAAUUCACAAGUCUACAAUGCAACAAUAGACUAUUGGUAAGGUACAAAACUCCUCUGGGCUGAUGUUAGGAUUAGCAAAAGGUUGUUGCCGAUGCUUGCUAGUGGAAAGAGUCUUUCUUGAAAGCUUGAAAGGGAGUGUUAAAAAGCACUCGUGUGUCUUACACUCUCCUCAAUAUCAUAUUGUUGAUACAAUUAAUUAUCGAAUUCUAUAUAACAAUGCUCCAACUCACACGUACCACUUUUUUUAACUAACUCCCCACGUUUGGUCAUUUAAGCUGCCACUUUGUUGAAAAUGGGUUCUCUACAGCCACAUGAGGUUGAGGCCAUUGAAAUCAAAGAAGCUUUGAGUUGGAUCAAGACCAAUAGUUAGAAUGGGAUCAUUUUGGAAUCGGAUUGUUUAAGGGUUAUUUCUGAUAUUCAAAGUAAUAAAAAUAUGGUUUCUAUGGCCAUAUAAUUUCAGUGUGUAAGGCUUUAUUUGUUGAAAUUGGUAAUAUCUCAUAGAUUUGUAAAGCAAUCUGUUAAUAGGGUAGCGCAUUAUUUGGCGCGAUCCUCUCUUCUUGAGGCUGAUUGUACGUUUAAUAGUUUUUCUUUACCUAAAAAAUUCACUUGCUUAAUGUGAGGUUUUCUUUUUUUCCUAUAACAAUGUAUUCUCCUAUCUUCCUCAACACAACAUCACUUAUCAUAUAAGUCCCCACUCCUCACUUAACUAAAUAAAUAAAUAUUUGUUUGACCCAACCAAUCAAACCUUAUAAUACCUUAAAAAAAAACAAUAGUAUGAAAAUCAAAACAAAACUUGCAGAGCACGAUCAAAGUCGGACCAUAUCCAAGUACUCCUUUGUUAAAUACCCAACCACCCAUAUCACAUUUAACCGUUUACCUCUUCUUUUGCCGGAAAACCGUUACUUUUUCUAAUGGUUAAACGUGCCAAAGUUCAGUCACAAACGGAAACACAACCAGAAAUGGCCACCGCCAUUAUUUCUAAAAACCCCCCAAACUUUUCCAAAAUUCCAUUCCGAGCCAGAAAAGCCCGAAAACUCUCAUCCAAAUCCCCAACCGUCCAAGUCUCCGUCUCCGUCAAUGAAAACCCACCGUUGAAACUCUCCUCUGUUUUGCCCCAAACCCUCAAACCCUUAACUUCCAAACCCGAAAUCGAAAUCGCCCUCAACUAUUUACGGAGCUCCGACCCGCUUCUCGCAACCCUAAUCGAUACCCACCCGCCACCGGAAUUCAAAUCCGAUAGCUUACCGUUCCAAUCUCUGUCGAGAAGCAUAAUUUACCAGCAACUCGCGUACAAAGCAGCGAACUCGAUCUACACCCGAUUCGUCACGCUCUGCGGCGGCGAGUCGCUAGUGAUCCCCGACUCAGUGAGUUCACUAUCGGCUAUUCAACUCCGGGAAGCCGGUGUCUCAGGGAGAAAAGCGAGUUACCUUCAUGAUCUGGCGGAGAAGUUCAGAAACGGGUGUUUGUCAGAUUCGUCGAUUCUGGAGAUGGACGAUGAAUCUCUGCUUAGGAUGCUAACAAUGGUGAAAGGAAUUGGGGUUUGGACAGUUCAUAUGUUUAUGAUAUUUUCUCUGCAGAGACCGGAUGUUCUUCCGGUGGGUGAUCUUGGUGUGAGGAAAGGGGUUCAGAGGUUGUAUGGGUUGAAAGAAGUGCCUCGGCCAUUGGAGAUGGAGAAAUUGUGUGAGAAAUGGAAGCCUUAUAGAACUGUUGGGGCUUGGUAUAUGUGGAGGCUUAUGGAUCCACCCAAAUCCAACACUCACCAUAUCUCAUCAAUAACUUGAUUCACUUCAAUUACUCUUUUCAUUCAGACUUUGUAUUUUGAAGCUUUUGGAUAUUAGAGCUAUCUAGGCGCGAGCAAAGCAUGACACAACAAAUACAGUUGUUGCUGGCUGUGUUACUGGGGGUACAAUAUCGGCAAAAGGUAACAUGUUUCUUCUUCCGAAAAACAAUUAUUCUCCGAAAAAUCUAAGAACUUUUUCUUACGAUGGCCGAACCUAAGAGCACAUUUGAAUCCGCCAGAGAGUGGGUCGUAGAUCAUAAGCUUCGAACUGUGGGGUCUCUUUGGCUAAGCGGAAUAGCAGGUUCAAUCGCAUACAAUUGGUCCCGACCAAAGAAAACAAGUGUGAAGAUUAUUCAUGCUAGGUGAGUUUCUAUUACCUUUGAGAUUUAAGUUUAAAUUAUUGUUUGAUUGUAAGAUGUAGAAGAUGUAUGUUUAAACUCUGUUUAAUUUUACGCCUUGAAUGACAAAUUAAUCUACCGUAUAAUGAUUAAAUGGUUUGGCUUUUAAAGAAUGAGAAUGAAAUUUUAAGUCGGGCAAAAUCUUCAUAAGCGAUAACAUUAUGCUGUGAUUUUUUUUUAUAUAUAUAAUAUUGAAUAGCAACCAAACAAUUGAUUGAUUGACACAUUUUUGUUUUGGUUGUUCUGAGAAAUAAAUUGGCCUGAGAUGGGGUUUAAACUACAUCUAUGUGGAGGAAAAAGCUUCUAUCGAUGUAUAAAAUACUCCCAUGAGGAUUAGGCUGUCUCAUAUAUGGAGGGAAACUUGGUCUACACUCACAAACGAUGAUAAGCUAUUUUGAGAAAAUUAGUGAAAUUCCUAAAAUUCCUCGCGGUUAUAAUCCAGCAACUUGGAUGCUUGAGGUUACUACACCUGCUACUGAAGAAAGACUUGGUAUUGACUUUGCAACUAUCUAUAGAAAUUCAGAGCAAUACAGGGAGGUUGAAGCUUCUAUUGAGCAUUUUAGUACUCCAGCUUCUGGUUCAGAACCAUUAAAAUUCUCUUCCACUUAUUCACAAGAUAGACUCUCUCAAUUUUUGAUAUGUUUGUGGAAACAAAAUCUGGUAUAUUAUAGAAGUCCAGCAUACAAUGCCAUAAGAUUAAUUUUCACGACAGUGAGCGCAUUGAUAUUUGGUUCAGUAUUUUGGAAUAUUGGCUCUAGAAGAAAGCAUAUUAUUGGAUUGAAGCUGAAAUCAUAUUAAAAAAUAUCAACCAAGAUUUUUAUUACAUGUCGUGUGAUUUUUGUAAUAAGAAACUUAUGUUCUACAACGACAACGAAGAAACAGAUUGUGAAAAUCCAAAAUGCGGAAAAAGAUGUCUUCCUACACCACGUGCAAGGACAUAUGUACAACUCGACGAUGGUACAGAGUUGCUAGAUGCUGUGAUGUUCGGUGAUGUUGCAGAAAACAUAUUCUCAUGUACUGCAGUUCAAUUAAGAUCAUAUUCGGACGAGAAACAUAAGUUGUUUGUCCAAAAAACUACGAAGCAAUUAUCAGCCAAAAAAUGGAGAAUUCAGUUGUACGUAGAUGCAAACCGAACAAUGACUUCAAAGUACAAUCAGUUCACCAUUCAAGCAGUUGAACCAAUGGAAGAUUAGGAAGAAGUUACCUUUUUUUUUUUUUUUUGUUACAGUAAUUUUAUUUUAUUUAGUGUUGAGACUUUUCUUGCUGCUGAGCUUGUUUUUCUUUCUCUUGACUUGUUAUUUAUGGAUUUACAUGGAGUAGUGUAUGCAAGUAUUUCAUAUACCCAAUUUUCUAAAAGUAAAUAAUAAGUAUUAUUUUAUUAUGAUUUA